AUGGGGAGAAUCACCCCGUUCGUCAUCUCGGUCAGUUUACUCAUAAAUCCAGUGCAGAGCAUCAGUGUAACGCAACAAUUUUCCAAGAUUUGUGACGGCACUCUUCUAAGUCCGUCGGAAAUCGUUACAGUGACGUCAGACAUCGAGUGUGCACUUCGUUGUAACGCAAAAAAAGUUUGCAAUGCAUUUAGCUUACAGAAAACAUCCGGAAGCCCUCCGGAGAGGACAUGUCGAUUAUCCAUGGGCUCAUUUACCUGGGAUUCCAGCACAGAAGAGACACUCUAUCACCUAUCAAUCGAAAAUCCCUUCAAAUACACUUUGAUGAAGAACGGAGGUUACUACAUUUCUUACACGACCCAAAAAAUGUAUUUCGACAAUAUCAAGCAUUGUGACAACGAAGGUGCAACAACGGCACCGUGUUACAAAGCAGCAGACCAAGAAAUCAUCGUAAGCCUGCUACAAAUUAAUAAGCAAUUCGUAUCAGGAACCAUGCUGACGUCGAAUCCUUACUCUGGUGGUCGAUGGGUCACCGUUGACGGAGACGUUUUCAACAGCGGCAACAAGCUGAGCGACCCUCUUCAGAAAUGGUCAUCGUUGAACCCCAAUGACGGUGGAAUCCUUCUGGUGUCAAGUAGCAAUGGGAUCAAACUGGAUUGGGCUGACGAUUCGUAUACCCGAACUAGUUGGCCAGUGUCCAUCAUUUGUCGAAAAUAUUUUGGCUACGAAAGGUCUCCAAUCAACGGGAUUUAUUACAAUUUGCAUCACGAACCAGUUUCCGGUCACGACGCAGCUCAACGAAUCUGCGAAUCCGAAGGAGGACGCCUCGCCAAUCUCUUCAAUGUCACGAAUUUCGCCGCUGUUGAAGGAUAUCGCAUUCAAGCCACCCUUUCGAAGACAAGGGUUCUAGUCGGUGGAACAGACGCAAAAACAGAGGGAACCUGGGUCAUGCCUGAUGGAAACACGCACAUUCUUGCCAAUCGCGUCAAUGAUCCUGAUCAACUGUGGACUGCUAACGAACCGAGCGAAGAAACAAAGGAGAAUUGUCUUUCUUAUAAUGCUGGCGAAACCGGGCUUACUGAUGCAUUUUGUGAUUCAACACAAUGUUUGCCCUUUAAUCUGCGGAAUACGGUAUCCGAAAAACCAUCCUGGAAGUUUUACUUCUACACGAGUCCACGUUUGUCUGCAGCAAAAUACAAACGCAAAGCAAAGCUUGACUCAUACGAUCAUGUCCCGUACUCUGACGACGAAAUAAUUUUCCUCAUAAAUCCCGUGCAGAACAUCAACAUUAAGAGAAAAUUCUCCAGGAUUCGUGACGGCAUCAUUCUGGCUCCGUCAGAAAUCGUUACAGUCACGUCGGCCCUGGAUUGUGCACGUCAUUGCAAUGCCAAAAAGGUUUGCAAUGCCUUCAGCUUACAAAUAUCAAUCGAAAAUCCCUUCAACUACACUUUGAUGAAGAACGGAGGUUAUUACGUUUCAUACACGACCCAAAAAAUGUAUUUUGACAAUAUCAAGCAUUGCGACAACGAAGGUUCAACAACGGCACCGUGUUACAAAGCAGCAGACCAACAAAUCAUCGUAAGCCUGCUACAAAUUGGGAAGCAAUUUGUAACAGGAACCAUGUUGACGUCGAAUCCUUACUCCGGUGGUCGAUGGGUCACCGUUGACGGAGACGUUUUCAACAGCGGCAACAAGCUGAACGACCCUCUUCAGAAAUGGUCAUCGUGGAACCCAGAUGACGGUGGAAUCCUUCUGGUGUCAAGUAGCAAUGGGAUCAAACUGAAUUGGGAUGACGAUUCGUAUACCCGGACUAGUUGGCCAGUGGCCAUCAUUUGUCGAAAAUAUUUUGGUUACGAAAGGUCUCCAAUCAACGGGAUUUAUUACAAUCUGCAUCGCGAACCAGUCUCGGGUCCCGACGAAGCUCAACGAAUUUGCGAAUCCGAAGGAGGACGCCUCGCCAAUCUCUUCAAUGCCACGAAUUUCGCCGCUGUUGAAAGAUAUCGCAUUCAAGCCUUCCUGUCAAAGACAAGGAUUCUAGUCGGUGGAACGGACGCGAAAACAGAGGGAACCUGGGUCAUGCCUGAUGGAAGUACGCACAUCUACGCCAAUCUCGCGAACGAUCCCGAUCAGUUGUGGGGCACUGGUGAACCGAACGGCGAUGCCAUGCAAAACUGCCUUGCUUAUACGUUCAUUAACACCGGGCUAGUAGAUAUAUCUUGCAACUUGAGCGAUGUGGGCGAUAAGUGGCUGUUGAACCGUGUCCAGUCAGCCGCCGGUCAGUCAAUUCACGGUCGCACACCCGCUGGUUGUCAAGUGCCAGUCAGUCCAACUGCCAGCCAGGGCAGUUCUUGGCCUCGCCAAUCCCCAGCCCACCAAACUGCGAUUGUACCCAUGUCAAAGUGUCCACAUGUGGGGGUCUCACUGUACUGUAUAACCACACCCGUGUCCGGUCAGCCGCCAGUCGGUCAAUUGACGGUCGCGCACCUGCCGGUCGUCAAGCGCCGGUCGGUCCAACCACCAGCCAGGGCAGUUCUUGGCCUCCCCAAUCCCCAGCCCACCAAACUGCGGUUUGGUCACCCGAUUGUCGGGGCACUCAAACAAUCGGGUGACAAGAAUCAUAAAGGACCACAGUUUGGUGGACUGGGGAUUGGCGAGGCCAAGGACUGCCCUGGCUGGUGGUUAGACCAACCAGCACUUGACAACUGA